AUGGACUUCUGGCCGAGAGGUAUUGAGAAGGUGAAAAAGUUCAAUAUAGUUGUUGGCGAUUACUUUGGUGGCAUCCCUGACCCUCGUUAUUCGUUAUCAAAUAAGUUGGAUCUCCAAGGUCAAAACUUGAGUGACAUUGAAACGAGGUUUGAUUUGCUGUUGAAGAGAACUGAAAUUCUUAUUUUAACCGCAACUGCAGUAAGUUUGAAAAUUCUCUGUGAUUUGGUCGACGAAGAUGGUUUUGAAUGCUUAAUGAAAUUGACACUAGACUACUUGACUGAAUUGGAAUACCUCAUCAAUACAACAGAUGGGGUUCCCCAGAGUGCUUUUCCUGGUUGUGCAAAAAUGACAUCUAAAAUUGGUGGCUCUGUUGGUGGAGGGAACUGGAAGAAUGCACAUGGAAGUGCUCAUUAUGGGCGGAAUUUCUCUGUCAAAUGGUUAAAGGAAAUAAUAGCAAGCUCAGGCUCAUUUGUUGAAGAGGCUAAUGCUGCUGAUCUAAUACAGCGUAGACAGCGUUCUGAGUUUCAGUCAAGUGUGAAGGGGACCCUUUUUACAGCUAUAAAGGCAAACCCAGAUCUUGUUCCAUCCUUAUUGACUUUGGCGAUGAAUGAUGCUAUGACUUAUGAUAAGGCCACAAAAUCUGGUGGCCCAAAUGGAUCUGUACGUUUCAGCUCAGAGAUUAGCAGACCAGAGAAUAAGGGGCUCUCCGCCGCAAUGAAUUUAUUAGAGGAAGCAAAGAAGGAAAUAGAUUCAUAUUCCAAGGGUGGUCCUAUUUCAUUUGCUGAUCUCAUCCAAUUUGCAGGUUGCAUGUCAUACUUAUCACCAAGUUUGUCCUGUACACUACCUACAUGGCCAUUAACUUGCUCAGAUACUCUGGAAUCAGUCAUCGUAUUUAUGUGGAGUGUACUCUAUAAAUCAUUUGUUUUUACCAAUAUGUUCAUCAUCAAAUUUAUGGUAGAUGAAUAGACUAUAGUGUGUGCACAAUUGCACAUGGAGUCUCUGUGUAUUUAUGUGGAGUCUCUGUGUAUACACAUUUCAUAUGUGGUAUCCAUUAUGCUUUACCUCGCUUAACUCAAAUUAUCAAAUUUGCUACGAACACAGAAACUGGUCAAAGAAUUUACAUGAUUUGUUAAUGAGAUCCACUUUUGAAAAACUAUAUUCGGCCAUAUAUAUUUU